CUUCCUCCUGCUGCCAGUGGUAGUGCUUGUCGGGCGGAGCUGGUUGUUGGUCUUGAUGAUAUUAUGGAUGAAGGAGUUGUUAAAGAAAGUGGUAAUGAUACCAUUGAUGAAGAAGAACUUAUUUUGCCUAACAGAAAUUUGAGGGACAAAGUGGAAGAAACUUCAGUCAGAUCACCAAGAAAAUCGCCUCGUUUAAUGGCACAAGAACAAGUACGAAGUUUGAGACAAAGCAAUAUAGCCAAGAGUUCAAAUACAACAUCUUUAACUAAUUCAAAGAAAGCAGCAGUCAAGAAUGCAUCUAUACAAAAAACAGGAGUCAGACAACUGGACAGGUGUCAAAAUAAGGAAGAAAGUAUUUGUUCACCAUCUAAACCAGAAGUUAGAAUGAGUAGUCGACAUACUGGGUUAACAGAAGAGAUACCUGAAGUGUCAACAGUUUCUUCAAGUCAUUCAGUAGCAUCACCUUGUCAUGAAGCCAAACUAGAUAUUAAAAAUAAAUGUCACAAUCAGGGAGAAACAGCUCUGCCAUCUCAUCCAUUAACUACUACUCAGAUAUCAGAGACUUGUGGUAGUACUGAAGAAAAGGAAAAUGAAGCUCUGAGGGAAAGUAAAAUCAAAGGUGACAGUCAAGUAUUUUUUAAACUUGUAGAUAAAGAACAACAGGAACAUAAUGAUCCUAUUAUCAAUAAAACAGGUGAAAUUAAUCUUGAAGAAAGGGAUUCUAAAGGAAGUAUUGACCAUAGAUCAAAGGAAUCCUUAAAAUUUUCUAGAAAGUUUGACCAAAUGGAGGUAGCAGAGGCUGUUGCUACCUCAUCUGAUGUUGCUGCUUAUUCAAAUCCAAAUAGUAUGGAAAAGAACAAUGUGAUUCUAUUCAAUUCUGUGGAUAAGAUUGCUGAAUGUAAUACAGAAUUGCAAGAUGUGGUGGAAUCUGCUGUUAAGGCUGUAGCCUCACUUCAAGAAACUACAAACCUUUUGGGUAAUCUUAAAGGAACAGAUACUAAAAUGUCUGAUGAACCCUCUGAUACCACAGAAUUUAAUCAAACUGAUUUAAAGAAUAUAGAUACUACUGCUAAUGAAUCAGAAAGCAAUGUUUUAGAAAAAAGGGUCAGUGGUCCUCUUGACCAAAGUCCACAAAAGCAUGAUGAAAAUGUUAAAAUGGAAUCUCACGAAAUAGCAGAAAUUCAGCAUGACAGAAACAACCAAAACAGUAAUAUUUCUUCAUUAGAUUGUAAGAAUGUCAAGUCCAAGAACACUAAAUCUCUGAUUCAGACUAAACAAAACAUAGCCCCUGGUACAGAAAAAAUUGUUUCAGCAAAACAAGAAAUUCAUAGUAAAACUAGAGUUGGAGUUAAAAGUAUGAAAAGGAAUGCUAAUGAAUCUCAGCAUAAUUUCCACAAACCAGUUAAAGUAAGAAAAAAACAAGUUGAUAAAAACGUGAAGUCACAAAGUAGGGGUCCAGGGAUCAAAUCUGUAAAAAAUCAAACUCAUUCAACAUUGAAAAAAGGGUCACAGGCUCAAAAUUUACUACAAACCCCUAAAUUAUUGACUCACUCUUUGAGUGACAAAAUGGAGAGUCACCUAGGUUGCUCUAAAGAAUCUUAUCCUACAGCUUCAACCCAUACUAGACAUUCGCAACAUUCCAACCAGAAACAAAUACAUAAGCAACAGCAGUUGUCAACGACAAUAAAAACUAAUAGUCAUGUAACGGAAGAUACAGAAUAUUUAGGUUUAGAACAUAUGAAGGAGGAGGAUAAACUGAAAGUGAAGAAAGCUGAGAAGAACCUUCAACCCCGCCAAAGAAGAAGUAGCAAAAGUUUUUCUCUGGAUGAACCUCCAUUAUUCAUUCCAGAUAACAUAGCUACUGUAAAACGAGAAGGUUCAGAACACGUCUCUUCAUCUGAAAACAAAUAUAUGUAGGCUCCCAGCAAGCAGUCUGCCCUCGAGCAGUGUGGUUUUUGCAAAAAACCGCAUGGCAACAGGUGUGUGUGUGUAUAUCAAGGCCAAGAUGAUGAAGCAAAUGCCCAUGAGCAAAACAUUGCACUAUAG